GAAGUAGCAAGUCCUCCGCUGGCUGUGCAGUCGUUCCUGCCGCCGGGCGCCUGGGACGAGGAGGUGGAGGAGGGAGAGGGCCCCGCGGGCCUCGCCUCCGCCCGCCGCCCCCUCCCCGCCAGCCCUCCACGCCGUCGCGGCGACUCAUGCGAGCGCAGCUGGAGGGCAGAUUUGAUAAUGGGCUGCAUUAAAAGUAAAGAGAACAAAAGUCCAGCCAUUAAAUAUAGACCAGAAAACACUCCAGAACCAGCCAGUACAAGUGUCAGCCAUCAUGGAGCAGAGCACACUUCAGCAGCACUGUCCUCGUCCACCAAGAGCACGUCUGUUAAUUUCAGCAACCUUUCCAUGACGCCAUUUGGAGGAUCCUCAGGGGUGACACCUUUUGGAGGAGCAUCUUCCUCAUUUUCAGUGGUGCCAAGUUCAUAUCCUGCUGGUUUAACAGGUGGUGUUACUAUAUUUGUGGCCUUAUAUGAUUAUGAAGCUAGAACUACAGAAGACCUUUCAUUUAAGAAGGGUGAAAGAUUUCAAAUAAUUAACAAUACGGAAGGAGACUGGUGGGAAGCAAGAUCAAUCGCUACAGGAAAGAGUGGCUAUAUCCCUAGCAAUUAUGUAGCCCCUGCAGAUUCCAUUCAGGCAGAAGAAUGGUAUUUUGGCAAAAUGGGGAGAAAAGAUGCUGAGAGAUUACUUCUGAAUCCUGGGAAUCAAAGAGGUAUUUUCUUAGUAAGAGAGAGUGAAACUACUAAAGGUGCUUAUUCCCUCUCUAUUCGUGAUUGGGAUGAGGUGAGGGGUGACAAUGUGAAACACUACAAAAUCAGAAAACUUGACAAUGGUGGAUACUAUAUCACAACCAGAGCGCAGUUUGAUACGCUGCAGAAGUUGGUAAAACACUAUACAGAACAUGCUGAUGGUUUAUGCCAUAAGUUAACAACUGUGUGUCCAACUGUGAAACCCCAGACUCAAGGUCUAGCAAAAGACGCUUGGGAAAUCCCUCGAGAAUCUUUGCGACUAGAGGUUAAACUAGGACAAGGAUGUUUUGGUGAAGUAUGGAUGGGAACAUGGAAUGGAACCACAAAAGUAGCAAUCAAAACACUAAAACCAGGUACAAUGAUGCCAGAAGCUUUUCUUCAAGAGGCUCAGAUAAUGAAAAAGUUAAGACAUGAUAAACUUGUUCCACUAUAUGCUGUUGUUUCUGAAGAGCCAAUUUACAUUGUCACUGAGUUUAUGUCAAAAGGGAGCUUGUUAGAUUUCCUGAAGGAGGGAGAUGGAAAGUAUUUGAAGCUCCCACAACUGGUUGACAUGGCUGCUCAGAUUGCUGAUGGAAUGGCAUAUAUUGAAAGAAUGAACUAUAUUCAUCGAGAUCUACGGGCUGCUAAUAUUCUUGUAGGAGAAAAUCUUGUGUGCAAAAUAGCAGAUUUUGGCUUAGCAAGGUUAAUUGAAGACAAUGAAUAUACAGCAAGACAAGGUGCAAAAUUUCCAAUCAAAUGGACAGCUCCUGAGGCUGCACUAUAUGGUCGAUUUACAAUAAAGUCUGAUGUCUGGUCAUUUGGAAUUCUCCAGACAGAAUUGGUAACAAAGGGCAGAGUGCCAUAUCCAGGUAUGGUAAACCGCGAAGUGCUGGAGCAGGUGGAACGAGGGUAUCGGAUGCCUUGCCCUCAGGGCUGCCCAGAAUCCCUGCAUGAAUUGAUGAAUCUUUGUUGGAAGAAAGACCCUGAUGAAAGACCAACAUUUGAAUAUAUCCAGUCCUUCUUGGAAGACUACUUCACUGCUACAGAGCCACAGUACCAACCAGGAGAAAAUUUAUAAUCCAAGAAGCCUGCCUAUUUUAUAUGCACAAAUCUGCCAAAAUGUAAAAGAACUUAUGCAGACUUCCAUACAUACAGGAAUCAAAAGAAGAAAGUCUUCACUCUGCAUGUUUUUGGUGGUAAACUGGAAUUCCAGACAUGGUUGCACAAAACCACUUUUUUUUUUCCAAGUGUUAAACUCUAAAGUACCAAUGAUGAAUUUCCAACUUAUAUCAGGGUCCAGAGAAAAUAUAGUUAAGAUAUUGAUGGCAGUGUGAGUGAUAGCAUGACAAUGAAGAGCAACAGGCUACUGUUUAUAAAUCACUCCCUUUCUUUCAUUCCCCAAACUUAUAAUUAAGAGAAAUUUAUCAACCAUUAUAGAUAAAACUUGGGAGAUUAAAAAGUUAUAUACCAUAAUAAAAUCCAAAAUGAAGGAACUUCAUGGGACCAAACAGUUUCAUUCCAGUUUUACAGAAUUUCUUGCAUUUAUUCUCAAGUUUUUCAAGUUAAACAGUUAAUAUACAAUCUUAAUACAUGCUGCCUUCUGCAUGGAAAUGGUCCAAGUUUUUAGAAGCAGAAAGGAACCAUAAACAGCAUCUAAAACUUGAUUAAAUGUUACACCACAACAGUGGAAUUUGUAUAAUGCACCGUGUUAAUAAUACUGUGUACUCAUAGAACUGGAAAGUAAAGAAAUUUUUCACUUUAAUCAUUUUCUGAAUAGCUCAGUUUAAAAUAAUGAAGGUAACUAGAAAGUGAAUUAGUAUUUUAUAAGGUUGCAUUGAUUUUUUUAAGGCAAUAUAUAAUUGAAAUCAUACUAUCCAAUCAAAGGGGAAAUCUUUCAAUCUUUAGAUAGCAUGAAAAAAAUAAACCCACCAUUUCAACAGUCCUUGUUCAAAAACAGAGUAGUACUGUGAGAUACUGCUAAUAUAUACUUAAUGAUGAUUGAUCGGUGCCACAAAUAUAACAUAUCACCAGGUCAGGGACUUGAAUGCGCUUUUGCUCUUACCGAAUGUAGAAUAACAGGGGGAAAUAUAUUUAAAAGAAAUAUGAGAGAAGAAGAUGUGGACGUUUUACAGGGAGAGAGACGGAAUGUUAUGUUUGGUGUUGAUGUUAUGGAGUAACAAAAUGGCUUUGCUGGCACUCAAAGCUCCUCACUUAUCUAUUUUCUGAGAUUUUAAGAGUUAUAAGGAUGACUAUAAAACUAAUCUUUCUUAACAUAAACACUAGAUGAGUGUUAGAUCCUCAAAGUAGCUAAGUUAAGGCUUCCCACUAAUUCCAAUGAUACAGCUUUUACACAAAACAUUUUUAGAACUUCAGUUUUCAAAUCCAUGUUUGAAUCUACAUUCAUUCUUUCAGUAUACUUAAUGAUGAUCAUUUUUACCCUUUUAGAAUUUAGUUGAUUUGGGGAGGAAAAUUUAUUCAGAACAGUAUCAGUGGUGAAAAGGAGGGACAGCUUUUGCCUAUUUAAAGUGCAGAAGUGGAACAUACAGAAUAAUACUGAUGUUUAUGACUAACUCAAAAAGAAAAUUCCAAAAUAUGAAUUUGAAUAAGCAGCAUUACUGGUUUUAAGUGCCUAGCAAAGGAGCUGAAUCUGACAAACAAAACUCUGAUAUUUAUGUUUUUAAAUACGCUCUUUAAGUCACACCUUAAAUAAAGCAACAUAUCACAUCCCAAUAUUUGGGGAAUAUUAUUUCUAACUACCAUCACUUACCAGAUUUUAUCAUUAAAUUUAAAAUUCUGUGCUGUGGUAUCUGUGCUGAAAUUCAGACCAUUUAAAAUGUGACAGAUGAACUUCAUGCAAGUUGGCAACAGCUCUGGUACUAAAAAUUGUGGUGGUUUCUUAUGUUUACAUGACCUGCUUAGUAUCGAAUCCCUAUUCCAAGAGGAUCUUCCCAAGAAGACUGCAGUCAUCAUUUACCUUUAACGUCUUCAACCUGUGACUUCAGAUUUUUAAAGGGCUUUGUGUGAACUAUGAUAUUACAGUUUUUCUAAGCAUUUUAAGAAGGAUAAAAUUAUACAUUUAUGUACUAAUUUUCUUCAGAAAAAUAAGCCAGAAAAAGUUGGUGGUAUUCAUUAGGUUUUAACUGGAUGGAUCAAUUCCUCAUAAUAUCAAUUGUAUAGUUAGGAAAUAAAACACUAACUUAAUGUGUAUUCAGUUUAAAUGGUUAUGUAUUUUUUAAUUGCUGAGAAAAAUAAACAACUUUGUAUAUUUGAAGUUUUCUUCCAACAGCUUUUCUUCUUCAACAUCUUAAUGUGUUUUCCUUACCAGGAAAGGAAGUUGGCAAAAAAACAACCUUCUAGCACAAACACGUUUUUUUAAUGAAUAAUAGUAGCCUAAAACUUAAUAUUUUUAUAGAGUAUUAUUGUUUUGUGGAUAAUUGAAAUAAAAAUUCUCAUUGAAUGCACCCUUUUAUCUUUUUAGCCACUAUUUAUACUUUCUCAUCAGUUGUUUUAAAAAUUUGUAUUUAAAGCAAAUUAAAUGUUUCUUCCAUUAGAAAGUGUUCAGUUAUGACUCUUGAGCAGAGUUAAAUCAAUCCUUUAUUAAAUUCUGAACAUUAUUGAACUCAUUCUUUGUCAGGUGAGUGACAUAAAAUUAUAUCAGCAAUUACAAUUUUAAUGUACAGAGAAACUGAAGUGAUUUAAAAAUGUGUAGCUAUUAACAGAAAAUUUGUGUGAAGGAUAUAAAAUAGGAUAACCUCUUUUGAUCUUAAGGGAUUUAAUUUUCUAAAAAUGAAAAAGUCUUAUUUCUAUGUGUUUUAUACUUCUGUUAUAGGUAUAGUGAAAAUAAGUUUAUCUAAAUUAUGAUAGUCAAUCAAAAGCAUUUGUUAUUUUCAAUAAGGUAAUAAAUAGUAUUAAUUGCCUUUUACUAUUAUGUAAAAUCACUAGCUUUGUUUUUCCCUAAUUUCAGAAGAGUAACAUUUAAUCAACAAACACAUCGUUUAGUAACACUUAUUAAAUAUUUUUAUACGGAAUAGUAAGUUUCCCAACUUAAUGUUUUCUAGUUUGCUAUUUGCUUUUUAAUUUUGCAUGUAAUUUUUUGACAUUUAAGUUGUGCAUUUGUAUGUCGAAUCUUUUUUAUGCUUAAAAAAUCCUUUGUAGGCUGGAUUAAAUAUUCAUCUCAUCUGUUA